ACUUUAUCAAAAAAAAUUAAAGAAAAGAACGAGCAUGGACAACAAAACUUCAGGUACUCCAGAAAACGGAACUACAGAGUUCAAACCUAUCGUGAAAACAUGGAUAAUGAGAAUCCUGGUUGUUUUAAUCAUUGCUGCUGCGAUUGGACUUCCUUUGAUGUUUGUUCAGACAAACAGAAAAAAUCAAAGUAUCAUCGAUGAAAAAGAGUUCAUAUAUAAAGAACAGAUGGACAGAAUUAACGGACUCCAGGAAAAGUUGGAAGAACUACAAACAACCUACGAAGCAAGUCAAAAUUUAACAAGGAAACUAAAGCUUGCUGUCGAUGGAAUCAAGUGUUGUAACAUCGAAUGAUUCAUUCACACGAUGGUAUCCGAAAUAUCCAAGAUCGAGUCAAUCGACAAAUAAGACAACAAAUGUUUAUAUCGU